AAGAAAACUUAAAAGACUUUUCUGAAAAGUUUGGGAAGGAAUGUCUUCUGGAAUUUCUUUGUAAAUGUGUAAGCAUCUGUAAUUGUGUCUUUCACUUGCUCUCUCAUGUAUCAACACCUUUUGUCACCCUUGCAGUGAAGCCUCUCACCUUUCCACCGUCUGUUCUGCAGCUGCCGAUAUGAAUGGGUGCAUAACUAUAUGGUGUGCCGUCAAAUAUAAAUUAUUCAUAGAGACCUUGAAUGUUUGUGCAUGCAUGUGUGUGUGUGUCUGUCAGAGAGACUGUGUAGGUGUUUUGAGUCCAGUCACAGGAUAGAUCUAUGGAGUGUUUGGGACUAGCAGAAAUACUCACCAGAUCCCCUCAGUGCCUCAUAUGUACUUGAGAAGACAGUAUUCUUAGGUUGUUGAAGCAAUGCCUUGACUUUGGGGGUAAAAGUCAGAAAGAGGACCUGUGAGGUUACUUUGACCGAGAAUCAUGCCUCCAGCCAAAUCCCCUACCAGGGCUAGAGGAGGGAAGCAGAAAGCUCUGGCAGGAAAGGCAGACAAAAAAGAAUCAAUUCCUCUGAAAAAAGGAGGAAAGACUGAAUCUCAAAUCCUCUCAAAUAAUAAUGAAAGUGGGAAAGGAAAAGGUGAUAAAUCUGUAAAGAAGGAAGCCAUAGCUGGGAAAGGGAAGAACAAAAAACAUGAAGAGAAGAAAACUGGGAAGAGUGACCAAACCGAGGCACCACAACAGGAAGAGAUAGAGACCUCUAGGCAAAUAGCCAAAGCGAGAAAGCAAAAUGGCAAAAUCUUACCUGCUAAGGUGACUAAUGGCAAUACAGGAAAAGGGAGAGCUGGGAAAGCUGUCAAAUCAAAACCUGACCAGAAAAAAAAUCCAGCCAAAACUCCUGCAAAAGGUGCAAGAAGGAGAGGUGCUAAAGUAGUAGAUACAGAUGAGGACGAAUCAGAGAGCGAGAAAGCAGAGAGCUCAGAGCAAGAGAGUGAAGAAGAAGGUAAGGAUGACAAGAAGGAGGAGUCAGAUUGCGUCGAGGACACUGCUGGGACAGACGCAAGUGUAUUAAGCGGUGAAGAAGAGCUGUCAGAUGUAGACAAAAAAACAGAAAAGGAGGAAGAAGAAGAAGAAGAAGAGGAGGAGAAGAAAAGUGUGAGAGAGGACAACUCUGAUGUGCCUACUGAAAGUAAAGUCAAAGAACCCGAAAAGGAACCUGUUAGCAGUGGAGAAGAAAUUGACUCUGAGGAGGUACUGAGUGAUACAGGGCAAGAGAACACACAGGAGGAGACGGCACAUUCAUCAACAAAACCAGGACCACUAAACCUGACAGUCCACCUCCAGGGGCAGAAAAAGAUGUUAAAAUCCAAGAUAUUACAAAAGAAGGGUCCUUCUAAAGGAGAGGAGGCUAAAGAAGCUUCCAUUUCUUCAAAAGGAGUACAAAUUAAAGGAUUGGCACUCUCCAAAGGUGGCGCCACUAAGGGUAAGUCUCAAAUUCUACAGUUGGCAAGUAAAACAAAGGCAAUGGCCAAGACAGAGGAAGCAGAACAACAGGAAGAAACCCCAACAAAAGUCCCAAAAGGAUUGUUGAACAGACAGUCUCGUAUGCUAUUUUCAAUGAAAGGCAAAGGGAAAGAUGACAAAAGCAAGAACGCCAAAGAAGAAACUCCAAAAGACACUGUAGAUGCUGACGAAGAACCAAAACAAGAUGCAUGUGAGAAAAUAGUGCCAGAUGCAGCUGAGCCUGAAGUAGAGAUGCCCUCAAAGUCAACAGAGCGUUUAUUGGCCCGGAAAAGAGGCAUGACGACAUUGCGGCGUGUCUCAGGGUGGAUUCAAAAGAAUAUGCCAAAGAGUAUCCACGUUCGAAGAAAAUUAUCGGCAGUCACCCAAGCGAUUGGGAUCUCAAAAUGGCUCUCUGCUUUGGUAUUGAAGAAGAGGAGUAGCAGCACCAAGUCAAAGAAGAGUCUUAUCCGACACAAGAUGGUUAUGAAAAUGGCAAGUGGUGGAAAAUCAAAAAAGGAAGUAUCAUCCUCAAUGGAUUCCAAGACAGACGAGGGUACUACUGCUGAUCCCCAGGGUGAUUCUUCUGAUAACCCUUGUUCAUCUCCACAAGACGUAGAGGAAAAGGCCAAUGCAGGAGAUGCCAAAUAUGCAAUUGUGUUCCCGAGGAUGAACAAAAUUGACAAGGCAAAGGAAACCACCGGUCCGUCUACUAGCACAGGCGAUGGAGGCACCACAGAGCGAAAACCACCAAAGCCUGGUGCUCGUCUGGUUCUUCCAGUCAAGCCUGACCUUAGCCUACUAAGGUCCAUCAAGAAAAACACUCAGGAGAGUGAAAGUGAUAAGAAUAGCAGCCCAAACUCUCGAGUGAUUGAGGGGCAGCCAGAGGUCAAAGCAGACAACAAAGAGCCAAUAUUAGGCAUCAAAGGUGGUACAAGUAUAUUACAAGCGGCCAAGGGAAAACUCGGGGGAUCGCAAGUAAACAUCACCAAGUUGUCUAUCUCAAAACCUUUGAUUAAUGGUGUAAGUGCGGGACAGAGCAAAGAAGUGGAGAGGAAUAUAAGGAAGGCAGAUAUAUCAGCAGAACCCGAGACAUGGAGGAAUGUAGUGAAGCAACCUUCUUUUGAGGAAGAUGCAGACCGAGAGGUGGCGGAGCUGAUGGGUGAGGGUCUUUUGCCCUCCGCUAUGGAGCUACACUGGGCUCAGACUCAGCAGAUGUGUGGUGAUCCUCAAGACUGGCUGCGUUCAGAGAACCUCCUGCCCCAUCAAACGGUGGAGAAGCUCACUAAAUGGACGGUGUAUCAAGAUGAUGAACAUGCCCACAUCAUUCCAGUCCAUAAUGGCAGAGGCCCAUGGGAAUCUGAAGAUCCGACCCAAAACAUGCUAGAGGAAAGACUUAACAGCACUCAGGUAAUGAUGCCAGGAAGCAGCCAAGCUGUGGAGGUGGAUGAAGUGGAAGAUUUGGCACAGUUGGAAGAGGUGUGUGAGAGUUCUGUUCUGCUGAAUCUGAAGAAGCGAUUUCAUCGGGAUUCCAUUUAUACGUAUAUUGGCAAUAUGCUUCUGUCCAUCAACCCCUUCAAGCCUCUCAACAUCUACACUGAGGAUCUGAGACAGCAGUACCAGGGUAAAGAGAAGCACAAUAAUCCACCUCAUAUAUAUGCCAUAGCAGAUGCCGCCUUUUGCCAAUCUCAGAAUACAACCCAGGAGAACUGCAUUAUCAUAAGUGGGCAAAGUGGAUCAGGCAAGACAGAGGCUGCCAAGCUCAUUGUCCACUACCUGAGUUCCAUGUAUCAAGGCAGAAAUGAUAAAUUACGCCAGCCAAUGGAUGUUUUGCCCAUUCUUGAGAGCUUUGGUAAUGCCAAGACUAUACUGAACAACAACUCUAGCCGAUUUGGAAAGUACCUACACAUCCACAUACGCCAUGGUGUUGUUGUCGGGACAUCUUUGUCAAAAUAUCUCCUUGAAAAAUCACGAAUUGUCUUCCAGGCUAAGGAGGAGAGAAACUACCAUGUGUUUUAUGAGCUGUUGGCUGGGAUGAAUGAGUGGGACAAGCAGGAUCUUUACUUGCAAGGAGCUGAAACGUACUUCUAUCUCAACCAGGGCAGGGCUUGUGAGUUACAAGGGAAGCAUGACAAACAAGACUUUCUGCUCUUGGUUCACUGCUUGGAGACAAUUGGUUUACAUGCAGAUCAACUUGCAACCAUUUGGGCUAUUCUGUCAUCAAUCCUGCAGCUGGGCAACAUUUGCUUCAGCUCCUAUGAGAGUGAAUCGUUUGAAGUCGCCCGUAUUUUUAGUGAAGCUGAGGCUCGGAGAGUGGGAAACCUCUUGCAGGUGUCGGCAGAGGCCUUACAGACGGUCAUCACACACAGAGUGACUGAAACAACUUAUGAUAGGAUCUACUGCCCUCUAUCUGUGGAAAGUGCCAUUGAAUCAAGAGAUGCCAUUGCCAAGACGCUGUAUUCUGUGCUGUUUGACUGGAUUCUUGAACGCAUCAAUGACUGGUUGAUCCCCACAGAGAUGGACAGCACCGUUGGCAUUGUGGAUAUAUACGGCUUUGAGGACUUGAGUGUGAACAGUUUCGAGCAGCUGUGCAUAAACUUUGCCAACGAGCAGCUGCAACAGUUUGUGAACAAAGCCCUGGUGGCCCAAGAGCAGGAGGAAUACAAUUCAGAACAGAUCCAGUGGUAUCCAAUAGUUCUGGAAGACUCUAAUGGCUGUCUGGAUCUGAUCUCAGCACGGCCUUAUGGUAUCCUUCGCAUCCUGGAUGACCAGACUUGCCUUCCUCAAGCUACAGACCACACAUUCUUGCAGAAAUGUCAUUAUCACCAUGGCAACAAUCCCUACUACACCAAGCCCAAAAUUCCUCUGCCAGUGUUCACAAUAUAUCACUAUGCCGGAGCUGUCACGUAUCAGGUGCACAACUUUCUAAAUAAAAAUCACGACCAGUUUCGGCCUGAAGUAUUAGAGCUUUUUGCCCGCAGUCGUUUACAGAUGGUGUCGGGUCUCUUCCGGAAGGUUCAGGAGCGUCACAUCCAACAGAAAGAGCUGGGAAGAGCAAGAGGUUACAGGACCCCGAUGUCAACCGUAGCUGCUCACUUCCAGCAGUCACUUCUAGAGCUCAUCACUCGUUUAGAGAGAUGUAAAACUACAUUUAUACGAUGCUUUAAACCCAACUAUGUUAAGCUUCCAGGCAUAUUUGAUGUAGACUACAUAACCACACAGCUGAGGCAUGGAGGGAUACUGGAGACCAUUCACAUACGAAAAGAAGGAUUUCCGAUUCGCAUCCCCUUUGCUCUGUUCAUGGAGAGGUAUGGUGUGUUAUUAGCCCAGAGACCAGAAAACCAGUCUUGUGAAGAGCAAGUAGUGACUUUACUGGAGACUAUAGGAGCAGAGGAAGGCCAGUACCAGUUAGGACUCACUAAGGUGUUUAUGAAGGAGACUCUGUACCAGCGGGUUGAGGAAAAAUGGAGUAGCACCCAAACAUGGGCAGCAGUCACCAUCCAGAGGAACAUUCGUGGCUUCAUCUGCCGAAGAAACUUCCGUUUCUUUAAACAAAAGGCUAUUGUCAUCCAGUCCCACAUCAGGGGCCACCAGGCCCGGAAGUACUACAAGAAACUGAAACAGUCCUUCACUCAGUUCUGGGCAGCUAUGAUGAUCACCCGAGACACCAUUAAGAGGCGUCAUUGGAGAGAACAUAGUGAUAGAACCAGAGUGAAGGAAGCAGCAAAACCUUCAUCUACCUCUUCAGAGAUGGAUGUGGGAAUAUUGGAGAUCCCGGCAGAACUGUCGGCCAGAUUACGCAGUGCAGCAGGGCGUCCUCAAGGAUCAGGGGUGACUGAAGUAGCUCUGCCAAAGGUCAAAGCAGAACACAACCUCUCAUUGCCCCUAGAUAUUGACAGACACCCUUUCACCCAAUAUGCCAACACAGUCCUCAAGGACGGAUGGUGCCAACCGCAGGGUUACCCGCUUCAGAAGCCUUUGACAUCUCUGGACCCUGAGGAUGCCCGUACAGCUCUAGAAAUCUAUAAACUGAUCCUGCGUUUCACUGGUGACUCGGAUCUGACAGGCUGGCAAGAGCAGAUGUUGGGGAACUACAUUGUGGAGAAGAGCCAAACUCGGCCCAGCAUGCGAGAUGAGAUUCUAGCCCAACUGGUCUACCUCACUUGGGACGAGGAUAAUAUGGAGAGCACCCUGCGGGGCUGGUUGCUCCUGGCCUGCUGUUUGAGUACCUUCACACCAUCUCCUGCCCUGGAGAAACCCUUGCUUAAGUAUGUGUCGGACCGGGGUCCAGGGGAGUACCGCUCUCUGUGCCAGCACAAGCUCCUCACAUCCCUCCAGCUCCCCUCUCCUGCCUGCAGGCAGCACCCUCCGAGUCAACUUGAGUGGACAGCCAAUCAGAGAAAGGGAAAGAUGGUGGUGGAGGUCAACACUUUCAUUGAGGAAAGGUUAACUGUGGAGGUGGAGUCUUGGACUACAGGGGAACAACUGGCUUCUUGGCUUCUUAGCUACAGAGGUUUGACUGAAGCUACACGGGGUUGGUCUGUGUCUUUGUUGGCUGGGGAGGGCUGGACUGACCUGGCUGGCAGUGACUUUGUUAUGGAUCUCUUGGCUGGAGUGGAGGCUGAUGCGCCCCAGGGUCACCCACCUGCUCAAAACGAUUACCUCUUUAGUGACACAGGCAACAGGAUGGCAACCACAGACCUGGAUGACUUUAUACCACCUGCUCCCCCUAUGCAGGCCCCUGAUCUCCCCUCCUUUGAAGCAUCUCCAUGGGACACCACCUAUGAACCCUCUUCCACAUCCCAAGGAUCUCGAGGUCGGCCAAUGGAUGCUUACGUCGAUGACCUCUUUGAUCCUGUGUUUGAUCAAGGUCCUCCGGACUUUGAACGGAUGGCCAUGCUGAAUCGCAGAAUGAGAGGAGGGGGAGGUAUGAUGCCCAGCAUGUACACCGGAGCAGGAAUGCCAAUGAAUCCUGCUAUGGCUGGCUAUGGUGCCACUCCAAUGAUGCCAAACAUGAUGCCCGCUACCAUGCCCAUGAUGCAGCCCAUGCCACCUAUGAUGAUGCCAACUGCCAUGCCACAAGCCAUGCCUGCUGCCACACCGGCUGUCAACACACAGCAAAUGGCUGCUCAACAGCAGGCCUUUAUCAAUCAACAGGCUCAGCUUCUGGCUCAGCAGAUGACCAUGCAGGCAAUGACACUGUCCCAGAAGCAACAGCAGGAAGAGAUGAGAAAACGUGAGAAGGAGUCACAGAGAAGGUCACCACGCCAGCGGCGGCGCUCUCCUCCACGUGCACGUUCACCUUCACGCUCACCCUCACCCUCACCUAAACCCAGAGGCCGCCCCCAGGCAGAAAGAACCACCCCUCAGACCCCGAAAAAAGCCCCAGAGGCCCCUCCAAAGCCCCGCAGCCCUGAGGCACAGCCUGAGACAGAGGUGGAUCUUAAGGCCCCGGAAGAUCAAGGGUCCUUUAAAGAGAAGAGGGAUUUUUUUCAAAAGAUUGGUACGUCAGAAGCACGCCCAAAAUCUGCGCCAAAGGUUGCUAAGCCACUGAUAUACGCCACUCCACCGGUGACCCAUCCCAAAUCACCUCCUCCAGUAAAGACUGAAGUGAAACCAUUGCCAGAACCUCCUAAAAACCAAGAACCUGAACCAGAACCUCCAGAACCCACUUCUCCUAAACCAGAACCUACCAGCAACAUUAGAGAGAUCAUCAAGCGGUACCAAAGCCGGCCCGCUCCAGAACCUAAAGCCUACGAGCCUGUCAGGGUUUCAGCCAAGCACUUUGUAAAGAAAAAUGACCCCAAAGAAGAGGCACUGGCCAUUCUCAAAUCUCAGGGACCUGUCUCUCAACAAAAGAAACAGUGGGUAGACAUGCCUCCUCCGCCCCCUCCGCGCCCUGAGUCCCAUAGCCGUCGCCCCAUCUCCAAUGAUAUGAAACAGAAGCAGCGUUCACUAGCUGAUCUCUUCGGCUCGCAGCGCUCACAGGCUCUGCCUCGAGUUCGUGACCCCAUCCUUCCUCCACCACCUCCUCCCAGCAUCCCUGACCCGCCACCGGCGCCUGCACCUGGACUUAAUCAGUUCAGCCGGAUGACAGAGGAGGAGAACGUUCGGUCCCAAUUGUACAGAUUCUCUGCUAGCGUCUACUUCUCCUAUCCCAAUAUGCAUGGCAAACUCUUCCUGCGCAAGGAGCUAUUUUAUCCCAGAGAAAAAUUCAACCAUCCAUACAUCCUUAAUUUGCUCUGUGAGCAGAUCAUGCGGGACACUUACUCGGAUUCUUGUCUGAGGAUUUCACGUGAGGAACGGCGUAAAAUGAAAGACCUGUUGGCGAGCUUCCAUAUCGGAUCCAAUGUCAGUUCUAUAGACGAUGAUGCCAUGAAGAAAAGAAUCGUCAUGGCAGCAAGAGACAACUGGUCCAAUUACUUUUCGCGUCUCUUUAAUGUGAAGCUGGGGAAUGGAGAUGCUCAGAUUCUGGGAGUGUCUCAUAGAGGAAUCAGACUGCUGAAGGUGGCCAGAGCUUCAGGCAUAAAUCCCAAACACCUCAAACUGCUCCACAGCUACAGUUACUCACAGGUGUUGUCGGUACAGCAGCAAGACACUGGAAAAGUUGUGAUCACUUUGAGUAAUGAAGAAUUGGAACUUCACUCCCAACAGGCUCCACAGAUCGCUGCUGUGAUUCAUCUCUUCCUCAUGGAGCUGAUUAAGAACUCAGACUAUGUGAUCGCUGUAAAGAGCUAUGUAACAGAUGACCGGAGCUUGCUGAGCUUCCACAGAGGCGAUGUCAUCAAACUGUUGAACAUGGAUGGACUCAAGGAUGGAUGGAUGUUUGGUUCCAGUGGGGGCCGUUCUGGACUCUUCCCGGUGGAUGUCACUCAGCCUUGUGCCCAACCAGACUACCAUAGUAACAACAUGGAGCGGCAGCUUGAACGAAAAAAGAGUAUGAGACUCACCGGCUCUUCCCCCAACAUACCUGCCAAUGGCUCCGUCACCAACAAACUUGUGAAUGGCACUGUGACCAACAUACCAGCCAAUGGCUUCGUCUCCAACAAACUUGUCAAUGGUCUUGUCACCAACAUACCUGCCAAUGGCUUCGUCUCCAACACCCCUGUUGCCCGCUCCGUGGCUGCCAGCAGUGAAUACAGUGUGGAGGUAGGGUCCAUCCACAGAUCUGAAUCAGAACGUCAGCAGCAUAUCAUGACUGAGUUUGCCAGGAAGUUCUUCACAGAUUCUAUCACCAGACCAGACAUGAAAGACAAAAGUCUCAAUGUGAUGGUGGAAUACACCCCAAAUCCCAUUCAGGAAUCACUGAUCCUUUUCUCAGACAAUGAUCUCAAUCGUCUGGGUGCUCAAAACUUCAUGUAUUUGAUGCAGUUUAUGAUGGAUCAGCCUAUGAAGAAAAAUCAGAAAGAAAGCGACUGCGUUAACUCCAUUUUGCAGCUGGGAAAAGAGAAGGAGUUCCUCAGGGAUGAGAUCUACUGUCAGGUCAUCAAGCAGACCACCAAACACCCAGUCAGGGAGAACUGCAAUCGUGGCUGGCGUUUGUUUAGUCUGGUGACUGGAUUCUUCCCCUGUUCCAACACUCUCUUUCCGUAUUGCACCCGCCACCUGGAGACCAUCAUUCAGGAUGCCAACCACCCUUUUCAAGAACUGGCAAAUGUGUGCACAAUGAAUCUCAGACGAUCACUCAAUUUUGGAGGACGCAGGCACAUCCCUUCACAUUCAGAGAUGGAGGCCAUUUUGGCUGGGAGGAACUCUCGACGCCUGCCCGUCAUGCUGCCUAGUGGAACCGAUUUUACCUGCAAGAUUCACAGCUUUAGUGUCGCAUUUGAGGUGGUACAAGACUUUUGCGCUGAGAUGGGCGUCAUGAAUCCAGCAGAAGUGAAGGAAUUUUCCAUCCAUGCCACUAAAAAAGGGGGCGAUGUUACACGCCCAAUUCACUUCGAUGAGUAUCUGUUUGACUUCCUGCUGGAUGAUGGCUCGAUCUCCCUCUCCUUUCAUCGAUUAAUCUGGAAACAGCCACUCCAAUUCAGCAAUGAACUUUACCUGGAUUUCCACUACCAGCUGCUUCUGGCUAAUUAUCUGCAAGGCAGACUAUUGCUGCCCAUGAACAGCGCUACAAUCUACCAGCAGGUGGCAGAGUUGACCGCUCUCCAACACCUUGCGCUUGGACUGACUGAUCUGCCAUCCAACGCUGAGGUAAAGCAGUACCUUCCCCGGAAUGAUCGGCUCAAGUCCACCGAUGAAAGGCUUCUUGCUACUAUACGGGCACAGUUUUCUACCUUUGGCCCCCUCAGCCACCUUGAUGCCAAAGCUCGCUUUAUCAAAAGUGUCAGUUCGCUUCCUCUCUUUGGAUAUGAUAUAUUCACUGCUCAGAAAGUUAGUCAUCACAGCUGCCCCUCUCCCUCGCUGAUCGCAGUCAACCAUGAAGUUAUCUCGGUCCUUGAUCCCAAAUCACAGAACGCAUGUUUGACAGUGUCUCUAGAGGACGUGCAGUCCUUGCGCUCGAUCCGUCCCAAGAAGGACAAGCUGCAAUCAGUUGAGAUCAGUUUUAGUGGCCAAACUCAACCCAGGGCUCUCAGCAUCCAUCUAAAGCAGGCAAAAGAACUAUGCCACACCAUUGCUUUGAUUAUGGAAGAGGUGGUGAAACCCUCCUACAGCUCCGUGUCCAGUCGGGCCGGAACCCCUCAUUAAACAACCAACAUAUGCAAACCACCUAAUAUCCCAUGACUUACCCUGAGUUCAAAUAUGUCUCCUGCCAUAAAUCAUUACAGACGUUGUAUUUCAUAAACAUGUAGAAAAGUUUACAAAAGAUCAAGGCUAAUAUUUACCAAGUGUUUAAGUAUUAGUGUUUGGGGCAGUCAUGGCCUAAUGGUUACAGAGUCAGAUUUGUAACCGAAGGUUGCAGAUUCGAUUCUCAACAACGGCACGAAAAUAUAGGUGGGGAGUGAACGAACAACUCUCUCUUCCAACCUCAGUACCCACGGCUGAGGCACCUAACCCCCCAAUCACUCCCCAGGCGCCACAGCGAAUAGCAGUGUGUGUGCUCACGACUCACUGCUCUUACUUAUUUGUGUGCACUAACUUGGAUGGGUUAAAUACAGAGGACGAAUACCAAGUAUGAGUUACCAUACUUGGCCGUCACGUCACUAAUUCAUUAUAUCCAGGGUUUUCAACAAAGGGACUGUAAAAAUACUGGGGGUUUGCAGAGAAUACGUAUACAGUAUAUAAAAAUUUCUACAGCAAAGAAAAAUUUAAACUCUUUGGAAUGAACAUUAAUGAUUUACGGAAGAGGAUUAGGGCCAAGCAAUAAUAAAAAAAUAAAACCAUCUUGAGAUUAAAGUUGUUAAAUUUCGAGAAAAAAGUCGAGAUAAAAUGUUGAGAAUAAACUCAUUA